AUGGCUUUUGCUUCAGCGAUUUCUCUCAAGAACACAAUCGAGCGACUCAUAAAUUCGUCCAGAAUUUUCCUUGUUCCACCCUCUCAAGAAAUCUUACAAUUUGCCUACAAGAAGCUUCAAUCCUUACAACAAACUCUCACAAAAUUGGACAGCAGCAGCAAGAGGAUUAGCAGGAAGAGAGUUAAUGCUCUGGAUGCACAAAUCAGAGAAGCUGUAUCCCAAUUUGAAGAUUUGCUUGAAUCUCACCUCUUAGAUCAGAUUUCUUCACAAUCUGAGCUAAACCACCCAUUAAAAUUCUCCAUAGACCUGCACCUGCAGCAUCUAACACAAGAUGUCGAUUCCUUCGUUGAAAUGGCGGAAAAGAUGGAGGAUGCGUACGCCAAUGAACUGGACAAUUUGCUGCCCGAGGAAGAAGACGAAGCUGCUGAUUUUGGGGAAAGCAAAUCGAAGAUGGUUGGAUUAUCCGAUCUAUUCGGUGAAAUCAGACAUCAGUUCACACGCCCUAGGUAUGCAGGGUUGCCGGUUUUCUCUCUCUUCGGAAUGGCUGGCAUCGGUAAGACUACUCUUGCUAAGGAAAUUUUUGACGAUCCAUUGAUUUUGAGUCAUUUUGAUUGCUGUGCGUGGGCCAAAGUAGGUAGAAAAUGCGAAUUGAAUGAAAUCCCUAGAAGCAUUCUAGCUCAAGUAGAUAAAGCUUUUAGAGAAGGAGAUGAUGAACAAAUGAUAAAUCAGUAUUUAUAUGAAUUUUUGAAGGAUAAAAGAUACUUGAUUGUGUUGGAUGAUGUGUGGGAAACAGAGGUAUGGGAGUAUUUAAGAAAUUAUUUUCCGAAUAGCGAUGAUGGAAGAAGUCGAAUCUUGAUCACAACUAGGCUAAGGGAAGUAGCUGAUCACACUACAAUAUCUUCAUACAGUAACAUAAAAACUGUGCCUUUGCUUAAUAAAGAGGAGAGUUGGGAUCUUUUUCGGGAGAAGGUGUUUGGUGAGGAAUGGUGCCCUCCUAAGCUCGAGGAAGCGGGGAAGAAGAUUGUGAAGCAUUGUGAUGGUCUUCCCCUUACGAUAAUCAAAGUUGCAGAGCUCCUGUCCAAAGCAGAAAUCACAGUGGAGUACUGGAAUGAGGUGGCAGCAGACAAAGAGAACUCUGUUUUCAUGGAUGUAUAUGGUGAAAUAUCAAAGAUACUAGUUCCAAGUUAUGAGUACUUGCCUCAACGUUUGAAGCCAUGCUUUCUUUAUAUGGGAGUUUUUCCUCAAGGUUAUGAGAUUUUGCGAUCCAAACUUAUAGAUAUGUGGAUAGCUGAGGGGUUUCUUGUGCCAAAAAGUGGAGAAAUUUUAGAAGAUUGUGGUACAAAGUGUUUGGUUGAGCUUGUUUCUAAUAGUCUUGUUGUAGUCUGUGAUAAGAGCACCAUUCUUCGUCGUAAGAUGAAAACCUGCCGCCUUCAUUCUUCCCUGUGGCACUUUUCCAAAAUGGAACUUUUGAAGAACAAGUUUUUUGCUGUCUUAAAUAGCCGUGCCAAUGGUCUUGAAGAAUGUCUUAGGGGCCAACGCAGAUUGUCCAUCAAGAACAACGUUCUGUUGGGCAUAAAAGAUGUGUGCGAUACAAUAGAAGACGAGUGUGCAUUCACUGCACGUUCUCUCCUAUGUCUUGGUCCGUAUCAUCAAUAUCCAGUACCCUUAGGCUUCAGUUUGAAGUUUCUCAAAGUACUCAGAGCUCUUUCAAUCCGUUUGUAUGAGUUCCCAAUCGAAGUGUUGGAGCUGCUCCAGUUAAGGUACCUUGCCCUUACUUACAAUGGAAAUCUCCCGGGUUCUGUGUCCAAACUUUUUAACCUUCAGUUCUUGAUUAUCCAUCGCCAUCUGAGCUUCAAAUCGCAUCCAUCUCAAUCAUACGUGCCUGUAGAGAUAUGGGAUAUGAAAGAACUAAAGCAUCUCCAGAUCAUGGGAAGCGACCUACCAGAAUCUACUUCUGGCGCUUUCUUGGAAAACCUCCGAACACUUUUAGGCGUGAGCAUUGACAGUUGUACCGAGGGGGUUCUUGAGAAAAUCUCAAAUCUAGAAAAGCUCGGCAUCCAAAUUGAGUUGCUGCCUGAUGAUGAUAACGAACCCUUUGGUUGUUUGAAUCAUGUUUCUCGUCUUGAUAAACUAGAAUCACUUAAAUGUAUCGUUGUGAAUCCUGAGCUACUGCCUGAGCCCGAGAUUGUUGCCCCGCCUGCUCCUGUUUCAAUGUUCCCAUCAAGUCUACUAAAGCUGCAUUUGAGUGGGUUGUGCUAUCCAUGGGAAUAUAUGGACAUUAUUGGUUUGUUGCCAAAGCUUGAGGUGCUCAAAUUGCAAUGCUAUGCGUUUCGAGGCCCAAGGUGGGAAGUGGACGACUUCAAAUUCCCAAGGCUUAGGUUCCUUGUGAUGGAGGAUAGUGAUUUGGUUGAAUGGAAGGUGGGAAGUGGAUGCUUCUCGAGGCUUAGGCACCUAAGCAUAAAACAUUGCUACAACUUGGAAGAGUUCCGUUGGGAUUUUGAUUAUUAUUUCAAAGAGGUUCAAGUAGUUGAUAGCAACCCUUUAGCUCAAGCUUUUUUUAACCAAAUAAAAGAUAGAAGAGGACGUCGUUUUCUUGAUGUGAGCUUCCAUUCUUCAUGGGAUGAUGGGAAACUCAGGUCAUGA